CGACCCGGAGCCGGCUGGUGCGCCCGAGAACUCCGCCUGCGCGGCGGCGCCAGCGGAUAACCAGGCCCGGAGCGCCAGAGCUGGCCUUCUGGGGAGGGGCGGGAGGCGCGCGCGGUAGAGCCCGCCCGGCCAGGGCCCCGGACGCUCCCAGAGGCCGACCGCGAUCCCAGCUCGCCCGAAGCUCAUGCCCGGCGGCUGGCCCGAGCUGCGGCUGGAGGGGGGGCCCGGCUCUGCAUGGCCCCGGCUGCUGACAUGACUUCUUUGCCACUCGGUGUCAAAGUGGAGGACUCCGCCUUCGGCAAGCCGGCGGGUGGCGGCGGGGGCCAGACCCCCAGCACCACCGCGGCCACGGCGGCCGCCAUGGGCGCAGACGAGGAGGGGGCCAAGCCCAAAGUGUCCCCUUCGCUCCUGCCCUUCAGCGUGGAGGCGCUCAUGGCCGAUCACAGGAAGCCCGGGGCCAAGGACAGCGUCCUGGCGGCCUCCGAGGGCGCACAGGCGGCGGGCGGCUCCGCGCAGCCUCUAGGUGCCCGGCCCGGGUCGUUGGGCGCCCCGGAUGCGCCGUCCUCGCCGCGGCCUCUCGGCCAUUUCUCGGUGGGAGGACUCCUCAAACUGCCAGAAGAUGCGCUCGUCAAAGCCGAGAGCCCCGAGAAACCAGAGAGGACCCCGUGGAUGCAGAAUCCCCGCUUCUCCCCGCCCCCGGCCAGGCGGCUGAGCCCUCCGGCCUGCACCCUGCGCAAGCACAAGACCAACCGCAAGCCGCGGACGCCCUUCACCACCGCCCAGCUGCUGGCGCUGGAGCGCAAGUUCCGCCAGAAGCAGUACCUAUCCAUCGCCGAGCGCGCCGAGUUCUCCAGCUCGCUCAGCCUCACCGAGACGCAGGUGAAGAUCUGGUUUCAGAACCGCCGCGCCAAGGCCAAGAGACUGCAGGAGGCCGAGCUGGAGAAGCUGAAGAUGGCCGCUAAACCCAUGUUGCCUCCCGCAGCCUUCGGCCUCUCCUUCCCACUCGGAGGCCCUGCCGCCGUAGCAGCCGCCGCGGGCGCCUCGCUUUACGGGGCCUCUGGCCCUUUCCAACGCGCCGCGCUGCCGGUGGCGCCCGUGGGACUCUACACAGCCCACGUCGGCUACAGUAUGUACCACCUGACAUAGAAGGCCCAGGGUUGCCUACCUAGGGUGCCAGCCGAUCCCUCCAGCAAACAGCAGGAGCCUUCCCACGAGGUGCUCCCCUGUUCAGCACAGCCUGGCACCUUCUCUUUAACCCCCACACUGCUCCGGUUUGUCCUCUGUCGCUCCCGGAGUUCACUCUCUGAAGUCUCAUUCCCUUCCCCAAAGUGGCUGGGAGGGUCCCAUGACGCUCUUCUAGAAUCUAGAUCUAUCCCUUCGAGUUACAGAUGGGGAACUGAGGCCAGAGAGGUUUCCAAAGGUAUCAGCCCCCAGUCGAGUUAGUGGUUGGACCAGACGGAGAGGCCGUGCCUCCUGCAUGGCUGCCUCCUGUCCUAACACCUGGCAGGAAAAAGCACAGAGAAAAUUCAUGUUUGAAGAUUUUGGAAAUGAGAACAGUUGGGGAGAAAGAGAAGAACUUUGCAGGAGAGGCAGAUCCUGGGUCUUGCCACCGGAAAACUUCAAAAGAACUUCAACAGUAAAACAUUUGUUUUGGGGGGUGGGGUGGGGGGAGUGAUAAACAGAUGCGUGACAAAGGUAGGUUGAAGGGACCUCUCUCUUACCAGUACCAGAAAGAAAUUGUAAAAUAAAAAUUAAAAACUUCUGUUUCUAUUUAACAGUACAUUUGGGUGGCUCUCAAGAUUCCCUUUGGAAGGGAUUGUUGUAAUAUACUGUAUAUUUGAAAUUUUAUUAUCAUUUAUAUUAUAGCUAUAUUUGUUAAAUAAAUUAAUUUUAAGCUACAA